AUGGAGCCCUCGGGACCGAUUCAUGCCAAGAAAGAGUCUCCUGCAUCGGAAGAUCCUGACAAACGAUCGGACUUGACAGUGCCGUGUGUGCUGUUGAUUGGCCACGUGAAACGUGUAAAACUGGCCGAAAUCCAUGUGGCAUGGCGUCGUGCGGUCACCAUGGCGUUUCCGACACUGACUAAUCUCAAACCACAAGUCACAACGACAUGGCUGGUACUGAGAGAUCGUACUUCGGUAACAAGUGUAAAUCUGCAAUGCAAAGCUGGUUCCAUAAAAAUGGGACCAAGAGCUCUAUUAAAGGCGUUGGAAUACCUAAAGCUCGAUUUAUCCGACAUACGACCAGUGGGUCAUAUUGUGACAACCUAUCAGAAAGUUGCUCAUGUGACUCUGAUGGAGAAUACAACCAAAUUGCAUCCAAUCACAUGA